GUCAUCGCCCGUCUCUUAUUCUUAUCCUCUUUCUGUAUCGCUCUGACUGAGUUGCUGACCUUAUUCUCUUCGAUCUCUCCCCCAAUGUGGCAAAAUGAUGCCCCCAUGUCCCUUGUCCAUGCAGCAUCUUCAGCGAAGCAAGUCACGUCUUCCUCCCCGAGACUUGCUCAGGGCUACGCAGUGUUCUCCUCCCGCCGUCAUUCGAUAUCUCUUUGGGCCGGAUGAAGAGCUUCAGGCUGCUAGCUGCUAGGCAGACCCUCAGUCUUGGGUCGUGUCGUGAAAGAACCACCUCUCAGCACCGCCCGCCCUACGCCUAAUCUGUGCAAGCUUCUUUCAGCCUCAGACCCAUCCCAAUCAGCAACACACUCCAGAUGCUGCAUCGAGAAAAAACCCGCAACUUUCGUGGGACCACUGCGUCGGGCUGCGUUCAUGACAGGGUAGGUGACGACGUGAGUCCCGCUCUCUCGGCACGCGGAUAGCUGCUGUUUCCUGCAUCAAACAAACGUUCCAUCUCGUGUGCGUGGUGAUCGAUCAACCACCACGUUUUGGACCCAAAUUCCCUCGUCCCCCCUCGUCCCAACUACGCAAACAACACCAUUCCGCUCUGCUCAGCGUUGCCCCCCCUCAUCUUCCGAGUUCGAUGCCAACCUCCCUGCGCCGCCAUCACUGGGCUUAGUCCUCGAAAUCAGGCCGGAUUCUUAUUUGGUCGACAUCGUUCGUCUCGACCUUGCUAUUGGUACCGGUUCUAUUCUCAAAACGUGGCCGACCAGGGGGUUGGUUGGCUCUUCGCCCUUCCAACCCAGAAAUGCAGAAUCCUGUUCGUUUCCAUACCGACUACGCAGAAUACUUCUCAUCUUCCAGAGCAUUCACGUCUUCCCGUCAUCCUAUUGGACCAAUUUUGGCCCUCGACACAUGACUCCAUGGGUCGCUACUUCCCUAUUUUCCCCGCCUAACUGCAUCGGUCGACUGAUUGGUUGCUUCCUAAGGCUACCGUUAUGACUUCCAUGAUAUAAGACUCUGGAAGCACCAGUUGCCUACUUCACCUCACCAUUGUGUAUUCAAUCGUUCCUGCACAUAUUUCAACUUCUCUUUUCCUGACUCAAGUGAUUUUGUCCGCAACAGUUUUUGCUCCUUUCCGCAACCUCUCUCCGUUGUACAAGUAUUCCUGCACCUAUUUCACGACCAGAGCAAACAUGUGCUAUCAGAUCGUCGAAAGAUACGCGGUGUGCCGCUGUCUAUAUCACAAGCACUCGGUUGACCCGUGCCAGCGAUAUGGUCAACGAGGUCAUUCUACUACCGAGAAGACGGUGCUGGUCGGAUUUGCCUGCCCAAAUCAUUCGGCGAAGAGGCGUCCGGACCAAGCAUCGUCAUCAUCAUCAUCAUCAUCAUCAUCGCCAUCCAACUCUAAACCCUCGGGUGGUCGUCCAUGGCACGAUUCUGGGUACUCCAGCGGCGGCUAUUCUUCAACGUCUGGCCGCCGGUGAAAACAUCGAGUUCUUUCAGGUUGGACCCAUUCUCCUGAGCCCGCUGCAAAAAGCUUUCCCGAGCGGUUUCUGCUCUCGGUGGACCGGACGUAUAAACGAACUCCUUUUCCGCUACCCGGCCAGUGAGCAGAUACACCUGAACUGGAUGUCCAUGUCAUUCGCUUUCUACAUCGGUCGCAGGUCGAUACUGAUGACCCAUCAUGUGUUGCUUUCUUUUACAAUGGGCGGCCACAAGCGGUCGAGCUUUCUGUUUGUGCUGAACCGAGACUUCAAUGAUGAGCCUCAAACAUCGAACCCAUUGGGGAGCUCGUGGCAAAAAGUCAAUGUCGGCGAGGAUGACAAAUACUGGAGCUCUCGGCAUGAUGCAGCAUUUUCGAUUGGCAGAAAAGGGCGCACUUCAAAUGGCUAUUUGAGAAUCCAUACUCGAUGAACUUGACGACCUUACGCCAUGCCUACGCUCGACACACGUCACAGUCUACUCUUCUUUUUUUUUUUCGAGGGCGCGAGGUCCGGGUCGGCGACCCGGUGUCGCAGGGGCAUCAGGGCCGGAGCGUAUGGGCCACGAGGCGCAGGCGUCUCCUAGUAUGUACAUCUCACCGGAUGAAAAGGAAACCAAGGGCGCUAUUUCCGGGUACUUUCCUGGAGAUCUGUGAUCUUGUUUUGGUGUUGGGGUUUUCCCUUAUGCAGAGCAUUAGGGAAGCUUGCAUGGGCGUAGCCACAAUGAUUACUACGAGCAUGAAGUCUACGACAGCGACUGCGGAUAGGUGUAUUUUGGGAUUAAGUCAUCUAUAUGAUAUAUGUAUUACUCUCCAGCGGGAGCUGUCAAUCGGAGGACCGGAGAUAUUAGUUGGUAUCAGAGAUGUCUGGCACAUCUUUUUGGGCCGGGGAUGCCCGAAACAGGCAAAGAAUCAUCAGGCAACCAAAUCC